AUGAUUUCGGAGCUCUUCUUUGGGACUAAUAUAGAGAACAUCUACAAAGGCAAAGUGAAAUCCAUUAGUUUAUUUAAUCACUUAACCUAUUUUCUGGCUGCCGGUGCUGUUACACUAGGAAUUGGUUUCUUUGCUUUGGCAUCAGCUUUGUGGUUCCUGAUUUGCAAGCGAAGAGAAAUAUUUAAAAAUUCCAAAUUUAAAGCAACUGAUGAGAGAUGUGGGCAAAUACCAUCAAAGCUGAGGACUAAAUCUCAUUCUCAGUGUGUUUUUAUUUCUCGAAAUUUUCAUACUGGAAGAUUCCAAUUACAGGAGGAACAAAGAAAAAAGGAAAGAGCACAUACAAAAGCAAUUGAAGAUCACUCUAAAAAUGAAUUCUGCCUUGCAACAAAAAAAGUCAUUUGUGACCCUUCAGAGAUUAGCUCAGCAACAGAUCACAGCAGUGUUACUUUAAGCUUGUCUACAUUACCAUCUGAUUCUUGUUAUAGCCAAAGUGUAGAAGCAGCUGAUGACUGGUUUUCUGAUGAUUCUCUAGCAAAAAAGAGCUCUCCAAUGCCUUUUCUCAGGGAACCUCUAAUUGAAAAAGUAUUUUCAUACCUGUCAACCAUUCCAUUAGAAGAAUGUACUGAAAAUGUACUGAAUAUGACACUUUAUGACGAUCAAAAAGAUGACAGCAUUAAGGAAAUGUUUUCACAAAGAAAUACAGAGGUUGAAAUACAAAACCUUCAACAUAAUACUGAAUGACUUUUUUCUUUCGGAAAUUUGUAUACACUGAAAUCAUGUAAAGUUAAAAUUGAACUACCAGCUUCUGAGUCUUUUAACAGGUCCAUGCUACUAUUGCUUUUUUUGUCCUUUGCCAUAGAGUGGUCCUACUUCCCUUGCUGAAUCUUAUUUCUAGAAACAAAAUUACAGGAAGAACUAGAAUGAUACCAUGAACAGUAAUUAAGUUUAACUUUUUGAAUCUCAUCAAAGGACAUAAUAAAUAAUACAAAUGUAUUUCAACAUACAGGAGAAAUACUUUAAGAACUCUUCAGCACAAAUAUAUUUUUGAAUAAAACAUUCACAGCAUUUCCUUAUACUUUUGACAUUUUCAGUUUUAUUUCAAUGUGGGUAGGGCUGGGUGGAAUACCUCCCUCAGCUUUUCUGAAUUUUCAAUAUACAAAUCACCUACUAUUCAAAUCUUAUUAUGUCAUGACUUUGGUAAGCAAUAUAAUUUUGCUUCUCUAGGGGAGCCUGUAAUAUUACAAAGAAUCUAGACAAUAAUUUUCUUUUCCCUGUCCCCUCUGUCUUUUUCUCAGAAUAGUUCUUCACGCCUCACCCCACUAUCGUGAAAAUGGGAACAGUUAUGUUCAUAGUCACCUUAUUCAAGCUAGAUGAAUCUAAGAGACCCUUGGCCAGAUUUCUACUAUGAUUCUCAGGGAUUUCUGACACCUAUCAUGAAAUUAACCUUUUUUUCCCCCUUUCUCCUGAAUACUCUCCAUGUAAUUAGUCCCUUUUAUUUUUUCUCUUGAAAAAACAAUUAACAAAGUAUAAUAUUA